AUGCAAUAAUUCUUCUUUCAGAUUAAGAUGCUUAUAGAAGUAGAAUAAUGUAAAGAGGAUGAAAUUCUUAAAUGUAAGCAUGAGCUUCGAUUCUUGAAAAAUUAAAGCAGUUACUUUUUAAAAUAAAUGGAAGCAAAUAAUGAAUUUGACGAAAGUAAAUUAGUUUAAUAUAUCAUUAGCUCAAUAGUUUGUAUAUUCGAUUUGAGAAUUUCCCAUAUAAAGUAAUAGAUAGAAUGGGACUAGGUUAAGAUCAAUUAUUAAAAAUAAAAUCCAAGAUUAAUCGAUGCUUUUGAAGAUAGAUUUGGAUAAAAAAAUAAAGAUAUAGAAUUUGAUUACAUUUAUAUUAUCAGAAACUGGUUUUAUGGAUAGAUAUAUAUUUGUAAAUUGCAGAAGAGAUGGAUAGAGAACCAAUGAAAAUAGGUACUAUUAUUAUUGAUGUAAAAUCGAGAUAACUUUAAUCUGAACGCACUCAUCUCAUCACCCUUUUAAACUUAUUAUGGUAUUCAAAAGUGGAUUAUUAUUGAGGAAAUCUUAAUUAUAAAAGAAUCCAUAUUUAGAUAUUAUUAUAAGAGAGUUCAUUAGUUAGAAUUAUAAAUAUUAGUGUUAUGGUUUGAAUGUGAAGAAAGACAUGCCUAUAAUGAGUGAAACUUUCAAUAGGAAUAAUAAAUAUGUUAAGACAAUUAAUUCUUUAGGUAAAAUAUUGAAUCUUUAUCAUUUGAAAUUGAUCCAGAAUUCAUUUACAAUGAAAAGACAGAGAUUUAAGAUAGUGAAAAGUUAAAGUAUAUGA